UUAUCGGAAAAAAUUGAAAAAUAUCGAUUUAAGUGAUAUAUCGUUCCGCAUAUAUCGAUAGAAAAAUAUCGAAUAUCGAGACUAUUUCUAUCGAUAUUCUAAGUAUCGAUAAAAUAUCGCCCAGCACUACUGCCAUCUGCACGCUGCACCUAACCUCUCAAAAAUCAAAAUACAUUGGCAACACUGCCGACGGCCAACGCUGCUGUCUGGUCUGGCUCUAUGGACUAAUUCAGUCUGUGCAGUGACAGUUCCCGGGUCGGACACAGUCGAGUAAGACAUCGGCGGCCAACAUCGUCGUGAAGGAACCCGGUGAAAUCGGCGACAAGUGACAGUAUUCCUGGGGUACUUAAGCACGGCGGCUUGUAAGUAUAGAGAGCUCAGUUACGGACCGCAAAGUAAAGAGACUCGUUGAAAGUCACCAUGUCCGAGUUCCUGGAGUCAGAGGCUGAGGAGAGUGAGGAUGAAAUGAUUGAAAAGAAAAAGCAGAAAAAAAAUAAUCUUGCAUCUGAAAGUGAAGAAGAAGAAGAUGAUGAAGAAAGACUGAGGGAAGAAUUAAAGGAUUUGAUCGAUGACAACCCUAUUGAGGAAGACAGUGAUGGUGAGGAUAGUGACACAUCGAUAAAUUCAAAGAAGCGCAAAAAAAGUGAUGAUGAAGACUUUGAUGAUCGAUUGGACGAAGAAGAUUAUGAUGUCAUAGAAGAAAAUUUAGGAGUCAAAGUUAAAAGGAAACGUUUCAAACGUUUAAAAAGGAGAGAAGAAGAGGAGUCUGAAGAGGAACAAGAGCACGAGCAAGAAGAAGAAAGAGAUGCAAUAGCCAAUGAAUUAUUCUCCCAUGAGGCAGGCUCUGGUGAUGAAGAUGAAAGGCAAAGUGUACGAAGUCAUAGACCAGCAGCAGAAGUAGAUCAGUACGGAGAAGAAGGUAGCGAGGAAGAAUCGGAUGCAGAUGAUUUUAUUGUUGAUGAUGAUGGAAGACCACUUACAGACAAGCGAAAAAAGAAAAAGCAUAUUUUCACUGAUUCAGCCCUCCAAGAAGCUCAGGAUAUUUUUGGAGUUGAUUUCGAUUAUGACGAAUUUGAAAAAUACGGUGAAGACUAUGCGGAAGAGGAAGAAGAGGAAGAAGAUGACUACGAAGAAGAAGGAGAUGCUGCUCGACGUAAAAAAACAAAGAAAGCAUCUAAAAAGAAAACGUCAAAAAAGAGUAUUUUUGAAGUGUAUGAACCCAGUGAACUCAAACGUGGUCAUUUUACCGAUUUAGACAACGAGAUUCGUACGACGGAUAUUCCCGAGCGGAUGCAACUUAGAUCCGUACCAGUUAUCACUGCAACUGAGGAAGAGUUGGCAGCUGAAGCCCAAUGGAUUUAUAACCAAGCCUUUGAACAUAAAACCAUCUCUAUUCAAGAUGCUCACCUAAACGAAGAAGCUAAAGAGCGUGCCAAGAAAGGUCCUCAAACUGUGGCGAAAAUUACAACAGCCCUUGACUUUAUACGUAAUCAGCACUUCGAGGUUCCUUUUAUUUCAUUUUAUCGUAAAGAGUAUGUGCUACCAGAGCUGAACAUAAAUGACCUCUGGAAAGUUUAUAAAUAUGACGCUAAAUGGUGCCAAUUGCGGCAGCGUAAAGAAGCGCUGCUUGUUCUUUUCCGCAAAAUGAAGCGGUAUCAGGAAGACUUUAUAAUGAAAGAUCCUGAUGCGCCGUUACCUGACAACAUGAGACUAAUCGAAGAAGAAGAUGUAAAGCAAUUGGAAAAUGUCCAGACGACUGAAGAACUUAACGAUUGUUAUCAUCACUUUAUGUUGUAUUAUAGUCAUGAGAUUCCGAAGAUGCAGGAGAUUGUGCGGAAACAGGAAAAGGAGAAGCGUCGACAGGAGCGCAUCCAGAAGAGGAAACAACUCAUUGCUGAGGCCGAGGAAAAUGGCGAGGAUCCUCCACCCGAAGAUCCUUUUGAGGACGAUGAUGAUAACGAACCAGAAGAAACCCUCAAGCAAGCGGUCCGCACUGGGCCGUACUCGAUCUGUCGACGAGCAGGUCUAGAAAGUCUAGCCAAGAGGUUCGGUCUGCCACCUGAACAAUAUGCGAAGAAUUUGAGCGAAGAGUACCAGAUCUUUGAGGUUGAACAGGAGCUAAACGAACCUACCGCCGUAGCAGCAGAGUACGUCGGUGAGAAAUUUCAGACAGCGGACGAGGUGCUUAAAGCAGCGCAGCUCAUGGUAGCAAUACAGUUGGCGAGGGAACCCUUGGUAAGAGAGUCGGUGAGGAAAAUGUACAAAGAAAAGGCAAAGAUAUCAGUGCGGCCAACGAAGCAAGGCAUCAAGUUAAUCGAUGAAAACCACCCAGUUUAUAUUAUGAAAUAUCUAAAGGACAAACCUGUCAGGGAUCUUGUGGGUGAUCAGUUCCUGAAAUUAGUAAUGGCUGAACAAGACAAAUUGAUCACUAUAUCAUUCUCUGAUAUAAUAGAAGGUAACACUACUAAUAAUUACGUCGAGCAGAUGAAGCAGCUCUAUGUCAGAGAUGAAUUCAGCAAAAAUGUUCAGGACUGGAACGCUCUUCGAGUCGGUAGCGUAGAAAUGGCUCUAACGAAGAUGGUGAUACCUGAUUUAAAAAAAGAAUUGCACUCUAUGCUUUUAAAUGAGGCCAAAGAGUGCGUGAUGCGUUCAUGUGCUCGCAAAGCCUAUAACUGGAUAAAAGUCGCCCCGUAUACUUGCGAGUUUCCUGAUGAGGAGGACGAGGAGUGGGAUACAAGCAAAGGACUCAGGGUAAUGGGUCUCGCUUACGUGCCUGAUUUUUCUAUCGCUGCAUAUGCUUGCCUCAUAGCCCCUGACGGUGAGUGCACCGACUAUCUGAAACUGCCGCAUCUUCUGAAGAAAAAGAAUAGCUAUAGGGAUACCGACAAGAUUGCAAAAGAGGCUGAUGUGCUUGCUAUUAGAAAUUUCAUUUCUACAAAAAAGCCCCACGUGGUCGUCAUUGGCGGAGAAUCUAGAGAUGCAUUGAUGAUUGCCGAAGAUGUUAGGGAAUGUAUCGCAACUUUGGUGGCUGAUGAACAGUUUCCUAGUAUCGGUGUUGAAAUCAUGGACAACGAACUAGCAAUUACCUACUCCAAUAGUAAUAAAGGUAUCUCGGAAUUCAGAGACUAUCCAGUAGAGCUUCGUCAAGCGAUUUCAUUAGCCCGUCGAUUGCAAGAUCCUUUGGUUGAGUUUUCUCAGCUGUGCAAUGCCGACGACGAAAUACUUUGUUUAAAAUACCACAGUUUGCAAGAUCAAUUACCUAAAGAGGAUCUGUUAGAAAAUAUCAAUUUGGAGUUUGUAAAUCGUGUGAAUGAAGUUGGUGUCGAUAUCAAUAAAACUGUCCAACAACCUUACAGUGGCAAUCUUUUGCAAUACGUGUGUGGAUUAGGUGCGCGUAAGGGUCAGCACCUUAUAAAGAUGCUUAAACAAACGAAUCAACGUCUUGAAAACCGAACACAGCUUGUCACGUCUUGUCAUAUGGGUCCGAAAGUGUUUAUCAAUUGCGCUGGAUUCAUAAAAAUCGACACAAACAGUCUGGGCGACAGCACGGAGGCUUACGUUGAAGUACUCGAUGGUUCACGAGUCCAUCCAGAGACGUACGAAUGGGCACGUAAAAUGGCUGUGGAUGCACUGGAGUACGACGACGAGGACGCGAAUCCAGCCGGUGCACUGGAAGAGAUUCUCGAGUCGCCCGAAAGACUCAAAGAUUUAGAUCUAGACGCAUUUGCAGAAGAACUGGAAAGACAAGGCUUUGGUAAUAAGUGCAUCACGCUCUACGAUAUCAGAUCUGAACUUAACAGCAGAUACAAAGAUCUACGCAUUCCUUAUCAAUCUCCAACUCCAGAAAAGCUUUUUGACAUUUUAACGAAAGAAACGCCUGAAAGUUUCUACAUUGGCAAGCUUUUGGAAGCUACGGUUGUCGGUAUAAGUUAUAGAAAACCAAAGGGUGAACAGCUUGAUCAGGCAAAUCCUGUACGUAAUGAUGAGACGGGUCUCUGGCAGUGUCCGUUCUGCCUGAAAAAUGAGUUUCCUGAAUUGUCCGAAGUGUGGAACCACUUCGAUGCAGGAGCUUGUCCUGGUAAAGCCACUGGUAUCCGAUUACGACUGGAUAAUGGUAUCUCGGGCUUCAUUCAUAUAAAGAAUCUGUCGGAUAAGCACGUAACAAAUCCAGAGGAGAGGGUGCGCAUUGGAAAUCGUAUUCACUGUCGUAUCAUUAAAAUCGAGGUUGACAGAUUUGGCGUCGAGGCCACUAGCAAGAGUAGUGAUCUUGCAGAUAAGAAUCAGGAGUGGCGACCACAAAAGGACCCCUAUUACGAUACUGAAACAGAGGGCAAAGAUAACCUUGUGGAAGAAGAAACCAAAAAAGUAAAACAACGGCAAAUGUAUGUAACGCGAGUUAUCAUACAUCCCUCGUUCCGUAACAUUACCUAUGCCGAUGCAGAGAAAUUGAUGAAAACGAUGCCACAGGGUGAAGCGAUAAUUCGUCCUUCUAGCAAAGGUGAUGAUCAUCUAACGGUCACAUGGAAAGUUACCGACGAUGUGCAUCAGCACAUCGAUGUGCGUGAAGAGGGAAAAGAAAACAAGUACUCACUUGGUCGCAGUCUGUGGAUUGGAAACGAAGAAUUUGAGGAUCUUGAUGAAAUUCUUGCCAGACACAUCGACCCCAUGGCUGCCUCUGUUCGUGAAUUGAUGAAUUUCAAAAGUGAUUACUAUGUACCACAUGUUAUGGGCAUGAAAGACAAAGCUGAAGAGAUAUUAAAGGAUCUUAAAAGCAAAAACAUGAACAAGAUUCAUUAUAUUAUAUCACCGUCUAAGAAUUACCCAGGGAAAUUUCUUCUGUCUUACCUUCCUAGAAAUCGAUGUGGACACGAGUUUAUCACCGUUAUUCCAGAUGGCUUUAGAUUUAGAAAGAAUAGUUUUCCGCGAUUUAGCGAUCUUAUGGGAUGGUUCAAAAAGCACUAUAACGACAGAGAUUCUAGUAUGGUCACUCCCAGUACACCGCGGGCUUACCACAGUAAACCCUCUGUAAAUAUGAAUGGCAUGAACCAAGAGGUUAUUCAACGAGUAGCACAAAAUAUGCCACGGCACAUGUUGCAAUCGUUAUCACAGGUAGCAAACCAUACACCGCAUUAUCUUCAGACACCUGGCGCAGCGAGUACUACGAGUGCUUAUGGUGGUAUGCAGAUAAAUACACCAUAUACACCUUCCGGGCAGACGCCCUUCUUAACACCGAACCAACCAACGCCACGGUACAGUGAACAGAUAGAUUGGACCAAAGCCGCCGCUGCCUGGGCAAGUCACACUACUCCUAGAGCAAGUAGUAGCAGAGGUACCCCGCUUACAAACUCAAGUCCACGGAGCAUGUCUCUUAGCGGUGAUGGAACACCGCUAUAUGACGAAUUUUGUAAUUAAAUUGUGAAUGUACGUAUUUACGUAUACGAUGUUAUUACUGCAUAGUGAGAAAUUCGUUUCUCCAUCCGGGCAUAAUCAAGUUGUAAAAAAUAUUUUGGCUGAGUUUAGUAUUUUUUUUCUUUUUCUCAUAAUGAGAAAAAGAAGUUGAGUUUAUUAUUGCUUUUCUUUUUCUCAUAAUGCGAUUUUUAAGAAGAUAUGAAUGCUCAACAAGUCUUGUUAUUGAUAUCGCCACUCAAUACAGCAGUGACUUUAACUUUAAGUGUAUGUAAAAUUUAUGUACAUAGAAACAAAAACAAAUGUAUGUAUGCGUGCAAUCAGGACUUAAAAAUCAGUGUUUUAGCAAUUCAAAAAAUGAUUAGUUUUGUAAAUGUAUUUGAAUGAAAGACAUGCUUAAUAGAAAUGAUUUUUAUUAGUUACGAAUAUAUGUAUAUAUACAUAUAUAUAUAUAUAUAUAUAUAUAUAUUAUACAAUUAUGUACGUCUGACGCAGACGCGAACCUUUUAUAUGUAUGAUUAUAUUUUUACAAAUGGUGUACAAUUAACUCAAAACGCAAUUUAUAGAUUGAUUUUUGUAAACAGAUUAUUAAUGGCAUUUAUUUACAAAACAAACGGUACAAAUCGAAAGAAGUUAUAGUCGCAUAAUUGUCGCAAGGACAAUAAAUAGAGUUUUCAAACAUUUACAAAUA